AUGUCUUCUGCUCAACAGCGUCUUUCUCAAGUCUCCUCCCACUUCACGUCGGGAGGCAAGAAGGGUGUCGCCGCCAUCACCGAGAAGCAUCCCGAUGAUAUCGUUGUCACAUGUGCCCUGCGUACUGCCCUGACCAAGGGUGGAAAGGGUGGUUUCAAGGAUACCGCUGCCGCUGAUCUGUUGGCCGGUGUUUUCAAGGGCGUCAUCGACCGCAGUGGCAUCGACCCCAAGGUGGUGGAAGAUGUUGCUGUUGGUUCCGUCCUUGCCCCUGGUGGCGGUGCCACCGAGUUCCGUGCUGCUGCCCUUGUUGCCGGCUUCCCCGAGUCGACUGCUGUCAAGAGCUUGAACAGACAGUGCUCCAGUGGUCUUCAGGCCAUUGUGGACAUGGCCAACGCGAUCAAGUCCGGCAUGAUUGAAGUUGGUAUUGGUGCAGGUGUGGAGAGCAUGUCCUCUCAGUACGGACCUGGUGCCGUUACCGAGUUCUCUGAGCUCCUCGAGAGCCACCCCGAGUCCGCCAACUGCAAGGUCCCCAUGGGUGUCUUGUCAGAACAGAUGGCUAAGGACCGUAACAUCUCUCGCGCCGUCCAAGAUGCUUUCGCUGCCUCUUCAUACCAGAAGGCUGUCAAGGCUCAGAAGGCCGGUCUCUUCAACGAGGAGAUUGUUCCUCUCCAGGUCAAGUGGACUGAUCCCAAGACCGGCGAGGAGAAGACCAUUACCGUCAAGGCCGACGAUGGCAUCCGUGACGGCAUCACCCCCGAGUCUCUCGGCAAGAUCCGUCCCGCUUUCGCCAAGGAUGGUUCCAUCCACGCCGGUAACGCCUCUCAGAUCUCCGACGGUGCUGCCGCCGUGCUGCUGAUGAAGCGUUCCACCGCUGAGCGCCUCGGCCAGAAGAUCAUCGGCAAGUAUGUUGCCGCCAGCGUUGUCGGUGUCAAGCCACUGCUCAUGGGUAUCGGCCCCUGGAAGGCCAUCCCCGUCGCCCUUGAGAAGGCUGGCAUCACCAAGGACGAGGUUGACAUCUAUGAGAUCAACGAGGCCUUUGCUUCCCAGUGUGUGUGGUGUGUCAACGAGCUUGGCCUGCCCCACGAGAAGAUCAACCCCAAGGGAGGUGCUAUCGCCUUUGGCCACCCUCUCGGCUGCACCGGUGCUAGGCAGAUCAGCACCCUUCUGACAGAGCUGAAGCGCACCAACAAGAAGGUCGGUGUCACCAGCAUGUGUGUGGGUACGGGUAUGGGUAUGGCCGCUGUCUGGGUCGCCGAAUAA